CUUUUUCUCGCCCUUCUUCCCCACCACAGUUUCAUCACUACAAACAACAACACCAAACAAUCACACAUCAUCAUUCACAAUGGCCCGCACCAAGCAGACCGCCCGCAAGUCCACUGGUGGCAAGGCUCCCCGCAAGCAGCUUGCCUCCAAGGCUGCCCGCAAGAGCGCUCCCUCCACCGGAGGUGUCAAGAAGCCUCACCGUUACAAGCCCGGUACCGUCGCUCUCCGUGAGAUUCGACGAUACCAGAAGUCGACUGAGCUCCUGAUCCGCAAGCUCCCCUUCCAGCGUCUGGUCCGUGAAAUCGCCCAGGACUUCAAGAGCGACCUCCGCUUCCAGUCGUCCGCCAUCGGCGCCCUCCAGGAGUCUGUCGAGUCCUACCUCGUCUCCCUCUUCGAGGACACCAACCUGUGCGCCAUCCACGCCAAGCGUGUCACCAUCCAGUCCAAGGACAUCCAGCUCGCCCGCCGCCUCCGCGGUGAGCGCAACUAAGCGAAGCCCAGCGAUGACUUUGUUUUCACCAACUUCUGGGAAGGGGAUACAACGGACGUUGAGGGUCAUGACUUUCUGCUUUUCAUCACAAUGAGUGUUUCUGGGGUCACAAAGGGAUAAUCAAGGCGUUCACAAAUGAGAUGUUUUUUUAACCUGCUUUACUAUUCCCCAUUAUGGUUCGGAAUGUAUAUUACCAGUGCAGUUUCAGGGAAUAAACGCACUGCAUCAAUGCGAAACGAGGCUUUCACGGCCUCUAGUUUUCACAAUCUUUG